UUAUUGAUCGCCCGGGUCAGGGCAAAGUUUGAGCAGUAGUUUUCCACCUGGCUUUCGUUAUUUAGUGCAACGGUUCAUCAAAGUAGUGAACUAUUUAUCAACAAAUAUAUUGGUUUUGCAUUUGAAUAAAGUGUCGAUUUGAUCAAAUAAACGUGCAAAAUGGCUAAUAUUCAAGCAAUAUGGAAGAGAAUGGAGACCAGACGUCGCCAGCAGACGGAGGCGGCGGAGAAGCGGCGCGCGCAGGAGAGCGCGCGCGGGGUGAAGGACCCGGAGCGGGUGCGGCGCGCGCAGCAACGGCAGGAGGAGAUGGAGAAGAGGGAGCAAGAGCUGGCCCAGCAGGGGGGCGCUAACUUGAAGUGGACAUCUGGCUGAGAUACGGCCAACACGUCCAGUGAACAAUCCAAUGAAAAACCGCCAUAAAAAUGGAUAACCGAUUAAAUCAGUCAUGAAAAGUUUUGGUAAAUAUUUGUGCUAUUCUUAUAUGUCUAUUUUUGAUGUAAUAACUAUCCUACAUCUUGGUAACUUCGUGACAUAUUUGUCGGUAAGUAGAAUGUACUCUAUAUUUAUAAAGGAUUGUACCUUGCAUGUAUACUGUUGCAAAUUAUUUUCAUCUUAUGCCUCCCUGAAUAAUUUUUAGGAGGGAUGGUUUGGUGUGAUAGUUGUAGUCUCCUAACGUUAUAAACACUGGAGAAAAGUAAAAAAGUAUAUUUUUAAAUAUCUUUAUAAUUAUGCAAAGAACAGCUUUUCAUUUCUCACAAUCAUUUAUUUACUAAAUAUGUUAAAGUUAAAUUUGCUCAAUAAUUUCCAUCCACAAAUCAACACUGCUUUGUAAAUAACAUUACUAAUUCUAUUCUGCCAAUAUGGUUACACAUUUAUUAAAAUUGUUAUAAUGUUUGUAUUAUUGUUAGUAAGUAUUGUUACUUUUAAGUGUUAUUAUUAUACUUAAUUAAGUUUAUUACUGAUUUGAUUGAUGAUAAUGAAUUUUGGUUGUUUCAUUAUAACUCAAUAAGGAAUGUUUAAUUAUUGUAUUGAUUAAUCAUAAGUAUUUAUUUUAUUAUAAGAUAUAUUGCUGUGCUAUAUUUAAAGAUGCCAGUUGCUUGCAAGCCAUGUUAGUCAAACAUUCCUAGUUACUAUCCAAAUUAUUAUUUUCUAAAAUUAUUUAUAACACCUGUCUAUCUGUGUUUGAAAUUUUGCGAUUUGAAUAUAUUAAAUAAAAUAAUUUACAUGGUAUAUUCAGAAAUGACUUAUCGAAUUUAUUGAAAAAUCUAUGGGGCCUAUACUUAUUCCAAAACAUAGCCUUCAGAGUUUAACUCUUAAAAACUAACUUGAUCUAUUCUAUACCAGAUAAAUUUAGUUUCUUAAAUAAUUUCAGAGACAUUAACUCUUAUAAAUGUUCUACAUAAUACUCAUAGGUGCUACUAUCUUGAAAUUGAAGUGGUACAAUAUGUUCAGAUAUUUUACCAAUUCCUAUAGCAGUACACGAUUAUUCACUGACCAUGAACUUAAAUUAUAAUUUUGUUGUACCUUUCCUCUACAACUUGAAGUCUAUAGUGCAACCGUUCUUGCAUCAACAUGUAACUUUGUGGUUUCAUACAAAUAGAGAAAGUUUGCUUCAUAUAAGAUAAAAAACACAAUUAUAAAUUAUAACACAGUUUUCUAUUAAUGCUCCAUCACAAUAAAAUAAUGUCUAUAUUAUGGAAAUUAUAAAUGUCUAGUUAAUGUUUUGGUGUCAUAUAAUAUUAGCUAUACAAGAAUAUUUGUCUAACUAUUUAUAUAGAUGUGUAAUUAUAUAAAUAAAUGUUGUCCAACUAAAUAAGGCUGUUAUGUAGAUAAGUCAUCCUGUGAAAAUCCUUGAAAAAAUUGGCAUGCCUAUCCUAUGAUUCUUGUGAAGUAAAGUAAGUAAAUGUAAUAACUUCUUAUUUUGAUAACAACAACAAAAAUAAUGCUUUUACUAAAAUACGGCAGACUUUUUUAAUCAUUUAUCUGCAGGCAGACAGGUCAAUGAAAUUGAUAUCCUAAAUAACAACAACAACAGGAACGUGAAGUGUGCUAAAACAAAUUUCUAGACUCGGUCACUUCUAUUCGACCGUAACGGUGCAUACAGUCACACUUAGUCAUUGUAAACAAUAUUUCUAUUAAGAAAUUGUUGCAAAUUGAAAAGUGAAAUUAAAGUUAAUUAGGUACAGUUACGCAUCACCUUAAACUUAUCAUGAUUCAUGACCAUUUUCAAUAUUGAUUUCAAUCAGACCCCGUGUCUGCAUAACAGCCUGAGUAUUUUUUGUAAGAAUCUUUUAUAUCUAAAUGUUAUUAAUUUAUACUGUGAAUAAAUGAUGUCAUGCACUAUGAA